CGAAAAUGAAGGCUAAAGGAGAGCUGAAGGAGUAUGAGGUGAUCGGGCGCAAGCUGGCCUCCGAGGCCGAGCCCAAGCCUCCCCUAUACAAGAUGAGGAUCUUCUCUCCUGACCCCAUCGUCGCCAAGUCCCGUUUCUGGUACUUCUUGAGACAACUGAAGAAGUUCAAGAAGACCACCGGAGAGAUUGUCUCUAUCAGGGAAAUCCCAGAGAAGAGCCCGAUCAAGAUCAAGAACUUCGGCAUCUGGCUGCGCUACGAGUCGCGGUCGGGAGUACACAACAUGUACCGUGAAUACCGUGACCUGAGCGUGGGCGGCGCCGUCACACAGUGCUACCGCGACAUGGGCGCGCGACACAGGGCUCGCGCUCACUCUAUUCACAUCAUCAAAGUGGAGGUGAUCAAGGCGUCCGCGUGCCGCAGGCCGCAGGUCAAGCAGUUCCACAACAGCACCAUCCGCUUCCCGCUGCCCAAGCGCGUCCACCACCACAAGAGACUCAACAAGUUCGCGUACAAGCGGCCCAGCACCUACUUCCUGUAGUUUUAUUGUACGCCUAAUGUAAUAA